UCCCCAGUUACGUCAUUCAAUCAACACAUCGCCUUUGAAAUGGCCGACGACGACCGGCGUAAACGCCGUCGCCUCGCCAAGUCGUGCGAGCAAUGUCGACAGCGCAAAGUCCGCUGCGAUCGCAAUGCACCCUGUGGUCCUUGCACGCGAGCACGAGCUUCGUUAAGCUGCUCUUACCGCAAUAAAGCCAGUACCACUACCUCUUCAUUUCCUCUUGAUGUCAUUCCACCAGCGUCUCAUCCAGACCGUCUACAUCACAAAGGUCCCGGGAAUCAUCCUACCCCAGCCUCCAAUGAUGAAACGGAACCUAGAUCGACAUGGGACAGUGUGCAGGGUCCUGGGUCUCCAGGUCAAGUUGAUCCGUCGAUUGGCAGUCUCCAGCAUCGUCUACGGCGUGUGGAAGAGCUGUUAUCGCAUCGGGGAAACAAUCUGACGCCUGGCCGCGAUGGUUCCCUGGAUCAAGCGUUGCGUGAGCUUAGUACUCGUGUUCAGGGGGUUGAACAGCAGCUUUCUGAAGGUUCCUCGUCUGGGAAGACCCAGACUGCAGAUAAGGGUGAGCUGUGUAUUAAUGCAGCAAACCCGCGACUUCAUGCCUCGUCCACCCUGGUCGCCCAGAUUAAGGAAUGUCGCGGGAUUCGACAAUCCGUUAAAGCACGACAGUCUUUCCAGCCCACCGAGCCAGUUCCGGAUCUGAAGGCCAGUAUUCCGGUAAGGCCAAUCUGCGAUGAGCUGGUUGAUGGCUAUCUGCGCACCUUUGAACCUAUCUACCGCAUCCUGCAUCUCCCGUCUUUUUGGCGCGAAUAUCACCACUUCUGGGCCCAGGACCACCUCCCACCCUCUAAGGCCUUCCUCAUGAAGCUCGUCCUUAUCCUAGCUAUCGGCACAGUCUUUCAUCCAAAGCGCGGGAAAUCUGGCCCCGACCACAAUGUUCAGCUCACGCAGACCUGGAUCCACGCUGCGCAGUGGUGGCUUACCGGUCCAUCCGAGAAAUCUACCCUCGGAUUGGACGGGAUCCAAGUGUUCUGCCUGCUAAUUAUCGCACGGCAGAUCAGCGCCAUGGGCUCAUCGCCGUGGUUAUCGGUGGGUUCGCUCAUGCAGAGAGCCAUGACGAUGGGACUCCAUCUCGACUCGACGCAUUUUCCCGCCCUGUCUGUCUUUCAGUCGGAGAUGAGGGCUCGUCUAUGGGCAACGAUUCUUCAACUUGCAGUGCAAGCUUCGAUGGACUCAGCUGGCCACCCACUUCUGAUCCCGGAGUUUGAUACUCAGCCGCCAGCUAACUAUAACGACGUCGAUUUCGACCCGGAUAUUCAUGUCCAGUCCUCUCGAAGUGCGAGGCCGGCUGCCGAGGUUACGGAUACGUCGAUUCAACGUCUCAUGCACCAGACCUUUGACCUUCGUGCAAAGGUCAUCCGUGCCUUAAACAAUCGGCCGAGUCUUUCCUAUACCCACGCCAUUCAGCUCGGAACGGAACUACAAACCGCAUGUCGCAGCAUCACAGAAUUCUUUCAAAACUCCUCAGAGGAUAUCUCGCCCAAUACUAGCCGACAUCUGAGCCCCAACUCCUUCCAUAAAUCCUUCCUCGACCUAGUCCUCCGUCGCUGGCUCCUCGCCCUCCACACCCCUUUUAUGCUCCAAUCCUCGAGCAACCCGGAAUUUUACUUUUCGCGUAAAACAUGUCUCGAGACGGCCAUGACGAUAGCGAGCUACGCGAGACCUCUCAAUCUCCCCUCCGUCCCUGACGACGAUCUAUGCCGGCUAAUGAUCGCCGGUCGAAGCUCCAUGAAGGGGGCGCUCAGUCUGGAUAUCAUAUCCAUCUUAGGGCUGGAAGUCACGAGGCAGAUCGAGGAAUCUCCGAUGGAGGACGCAGGCAUCAUGAGCGAGCUUGCGCUUUUAUCCCGCGCCCCGAUCCUCAAUGUCAUGAAGCACAUACUCUCUCAGCUUCUGCGGGUCAUCAGUCUCGGAACGCCUAGUCUGAAGCGGUAUAAUCUGCUCGCGGCAAUUAUGGGACAGAUUGGCGCUAUGGACACCGGGGAUUGCGUGGAAAGAGUGGUCUACGAGACUGUGCGAGAGAGUCUAGGCGAGUCGGUAGCGUUGCUGCAGUCCGGGUCGUCGCGCGGGAUGGCCCUGGGUGAGGGAAGCCAGCGAGCAGAGAGUCUGUUGGACCCUGGGAUAGCUGAGUUGGGGUUAGACCUGCAUCCAGAACUAGCAUUCGACUCCGACUCGGACUUCAACCUGGACAUCGCCAGUGUCCUAGGCCUCUCCGACUGGAUGAAUCUCGAAAUGAACAUUCCCGAGUCUCAUUUCUAGCCAUCGCGUUCACAAAACUGACAAGCACAAUGCAUACUGUUUACUAUACUACGACGUGCCACCAGGACCAAAUGACUGUAUACCUUCCUUCCGCAGCAGUGCUGUCGCCUCACAUGAAACGAGGCAAAGAAGACAUUUGCUCCCUCUAAAAUUAGAUUUCUCAAGGUAUAUAACCAGAUCCUGUCUACUGACUAAAUUUAUCAUAAUUCAGAGGGGUCUCGGGCGGGUGAGUUGCUCCCAAGUGUGUAUAACACUAUAUAUGGCGGGUUGGGUACGG